CCCCCCCCCCCCCCCCCCCGCAGGACCCCGCCCCCUCCCCCUCCGAGGGGCCCGAGUCUGGCCGGGCCAAGGCCCAGUACCGGAACUACACGGAGGGGGAAGCUGCUGGGCCGCGUGUACAGCACGUACCUGCAGAUGCACACCCACCAGACCGUCGCCUUCGUCCGGAAAAAGAGCGCCCAGUACGGGAGCUGCUCCCUGCGCCGGAUGGGCGCCAUGGAGGCGCUGGAGCUGCUGGACCAGCUGGUGGACGAGUCCGACCCCGACGUGGAUUUCCCCAACUCCUACCACGCGUACCAAACGGCCGAGGGCAUCCGCCGCGCCCACCCCGACAAGGACUGGUUCCACCUCGUGGGGUUGCUGCACGACCUGGGGAAGGUGCUGGCGCUGUUUGGGGAGCCCCAGUGGGCCGUGGUGGGGGACACCUUCCCCGUGGGCUGCAAGGUGCAGAAGUCCGUGGUCUUUGGGGACUCCACUUUCCAUGACAACCCCGACACCAGGGACCCCCUGUACAGCACCGAGUAUGGGAUGUACCAGCCUCACUGCGGCCUGGAGAACGUCCUCAUGUCCUGGGGACAUGAUGAGUACAUGUACAGAGUCAUGAAGUUCAACAACUUCGCCCUGCCCAAGGAGGCUUUCUACAUGGUCCGCUUCCACUCCUUCUACCCCUGGCACACGCACGGGGACUACCGGCACCUCUGCACCGAGGAGGAUCUCCGCAUGCUGCCCUGGGUCAGGGAGCUCAACAAGUUCGACCUCUACACCAAGCAGGAGGAGCUGCCCGACGUGCAGCAGCUCCGCGGCUACUACCAGUCCCUGAUCGACAAGUACUGCCCCGGGCAGCUCUGCUGGUGAGGGGGGGGACCCCUGUCCCCCCCCCCACCCCCCAGUCCCCCCCCCUACCCCCCAGCACCCCACAUUUCCCCCCAGCACAGCCACCUGGCCUGGGUGGGGCACCGGGGCUGUUCAAUAAACCCCCUUGUCACACCCCCA